AUGAAUAAAGGAAAGAAGGAGAAGAAAGAUAAGAAAGAAAAACUCGAUGAAAUGGCUGAUACAGCUGCCGAUGUGACAGAUUCUAUUCUUUAUGGAGUAGAAGUAGCUUCUCACGCUGUUGAGGCAGUAACAACAAUUGCUGUCCCUUUCGCACAAUUCAUUCCACUUAUUAGAGAUGUAACUGACAUUCUUAAUAAGGUUACAGAUUUAUACAGGACGGCUCAACAUAAUAAAAAUAUAACCGAGGUUUUGAUGGAACGCAUUGCCGCAGCAAAUUCCGCAGUUCAGAUAUUACAAGCAAGAGAAGAUUUCUUUAAUUCAAAAGAUUAUACAAGUUUACAAAGAUUAGUUCAGGUUCUUCAAAAAAUGAAAAAAUACAUUGAAGAAAUAACACAAUUUAAUACUGUACAAAAAUUUUUGGGGGCUAAAUCAAUCGAACGACAAUAUAAAGAAUUAUGUAAUGAUUAUGAUAGCAGCAUUUCCUUAUUAAAUUUCACCUUAACGGUUGGCUUUAAGAUUGAUUCAGAAAAAGAAGAUAAAAUUUUAAAGGAAGACAUCGAAGAACUUUUAAAGUUUCAAACAGCUUUGGCGGAAAGUAUCGCUGACGUGGGUGAGAAAAUGACUAGUGUAGACGAAAAAAUCGUUGGAGCUAACGACAAAGUGGAAUUGGUUAUCGAGAAAGUCAGUGAGAUGCAAAACACUAUCGAGAAAGUCAGUGAAAUGCAAAUCACUAUGCAAAAUUUGAUGAAUAAUCAAAAGAAUGAAAAAGGCAAUCAAGACAAAAUUGAUAUUAUCUUUAAUGAAUCCCUACUUCCAUUCGAAGAUUAUGAAGAGGCUGAUGAACCACCUCGAAAACAAUAUAAAUCUCUCGUAAAUAGAGCUGUCGAUCAAAAUCCAGGUCGAAGACCUAUCUUCUCAAAAAUGUUGACAGAUCUUAAAGAUAUCUUUAAUAAUUAUACUCAACAUCCCAUAAGCCGUUCCGGUUCUUUAAAUAACGGUAGACCUCCUUUACCUCCUCCCGUCCGAAAAUUGACUGUCCACACGAUUGCGGCAGCAGAUGAAGAUUGUGCUAUUGAUUUCAAUAGUAUUAAUUCGAUGAGCCUUGAAAAGGCAAUUGACGAACACAAAAAAGACAGUACGGAUAAAAAAAUUGAAAUAGAUAAUAAUGAUGCAUUCUUAAAUCAACUAAAAUAA